UGGAAUUAGACAACUUUCAGCAUUCGCUGCACGUUCUAUCAAAGCAAUACUGUUAUAAGUGAAACGAGCUGAUUUUGAGCAUCCCAGAUGAAUGCUAAGGCUUUGAUUCACUGCCAUAGAUACUGUAGCGCUGUGAUCCACACCUACUGCAUUAGCACAGAUUCUCAGCCAUUUAAGCCGUGUAUUGUAGCAUAUGGCAGGUUUUGAUCUGCCUCCCCUGCAGCGGAAAAAAACAAAUUCAUAUUCGAGACCAUCCUUCUGUGUUCAGCCAAAAGUAUCAUGAGCAUGUCAUUUCUUUUUGUGUUGCACUCAAAAAUGCCUUUUUUCCCACCCUUCGAAAAGCAUGGAGAGGAUCACUGCAUAAAUUUCAAGCAACGAGGUUGCGAUUGAUGUGGAGUGUUUAAUCAUCCCUCGUCUGACCCAAUGUCAUUGUCGUUUUACCACCGCCAACAUGAAUUAUCUGCAUUUGUUCUCAAAAGUAAAAUUGAUGUCUGAUCCACAGUAACUAUUUCUGCAUAUUUCUUUCAUUAUUACCAAUGAUAAUAAAUCAGUGCCUGUCCGGCCAUAAGAAAAAUGUGGAUGAGCUAGAUGUGCAAUCUGACUACUGAUUCUGUCCCAUCACACACUUCUGUGCUUAUGUUAGGAGAGUACUGGACCAGACUUUAAAAUAAGGGAAGCCUUGAAGUGUUUGCACUCUGCACUCUGCACUCCAGAACAUAAAGUUUCAGUUUCCAUUUGGUGGCCAGGGAAGCUGUGAAAUGUUGUUACGGGACUAUACAGAGCAACCGCAUGAGCGGUUCCCACAACCUGAUGUAAGGGGGAUGAAAGACGACUCAUCAGACCGUAAUACUUACAUUUACAUUUCCUAGGCAUCCUCACUCUGUUCACUGGCAUCCAUAAAAAGCUGCUUUUUAUUAGCAGCUGCACCAUGAAAAGCAGUUUGGGCAGAAUGCUGUGGUCAUUUUUGAGGCUGUAUUUUUUUGUAGUUUGAUUUAUUUUUUUUUCUCUUUUUUACAUUUUUCUUAUUGUUUUUUCUGUUUCUGGUCGACACACAUGUUUACUAGUUCCUGGGCGACUCACUUGGUUUAGGUACAUGUUUUGAAGCUGCAUGACAUGUCUCAUGCCGCUUCUCAGUCUCAGAAGUAUUUAAUAAAGGCUAAUGCCUAAAAUACAUAAAUCUCCAACCUUCAAGAAAGCCCUCUGGCCUUUUCCAAAAAUGGCUCUCGGUAACUUUACGAGUAUUCAUGUGCUACCACCGGGGAUGGUUUGUACAUUAGAAUGCAGUUCAAUCAAAUUGGCAUGCAAAUUUGUUCACAAUAGACAAAAUAACAAACACCCUAUUUCGCAACACACCCACAAAAUGUGUCAACUUCCCUUAGUUAAAUCAACACCUUUCUGAAACGGUUGCAGCUAACCAAACUGAAAGCUUCACAGUCUUAGAACCCCUGUAGACGACUGCCCUGAGAUAUCCAGGACAUGUCAGAUGUACGGCAGCGUAUACCUGAAAAUAUUUUAUAAGUAACCCUGAAUGCACAGAGCGUGUUCUGUGUUGUAACAGGUUGUCUGUUUGUAUUUCUUAUGGGCUCACAAGCAUACAGAUGCCUGGGGGGGGGGGGAGAUCCUGCAGAAUGCGAUGUUGUCAAAGUGAGAAUUGGGGCUCUGACAUGUGCAAAGAAGAUGUUUUCAGAGUUCGACCCAGGUGACUGCAAAAGUCAGGUCGGGAUUUCACAAUGCAGGCUGCUGCAGCUUUAAUACAAAAUGCCUGCGAUUAUAUUAUAUUCCGUCACUAGAGCUUUCCAGGUAAAAGCUGGUUUAGGUCUAGACAAAGACUAAAGGUAUUAGAAAUGUAAAGUUCUCUAUGCGACAUUCAGAGCGUUAAUAUAGCAGCAAGCAACUAUUUGCUAUGCAAAGUUAUGGAGUAAUAUCCAAGCUUCUCUGUGCUAUGAUUACAUAGCCAGGCAGGCCGCGUGUGCCUUAAGUGUAUGUGCAUGUGAGCGUGCACCACUGGCUCUGCACUGCUCUCAUACGGCGGUUACAGCUGAUAUCACCAUCCCAACCAACGGCGUAAUCACGGACGCAUAGCACCCACCCCACUGUUAACCCUCAGGUACACUGUUAACUCUGUCAGCACUGUUGCCAUUGUUUGCACCGCCAACGUAACCGUCGCCAUUUUUUAAGAGUGGUGGGGAGGCACAAGGUAAGUUCUGAAUUUCCAAUUUAGCACCUUUAAUAACAUGAAUAAGUGAACUGUUUGUUAGGUCUAGAUCUAGCAGGUUAUCUGUUGGUACAACAAGCAAUAAAUAAUUUCGGGGAGCACGCACAGGGCAGUUUAGUAUUGUAGUUCAAAGUCGAGUGUAAAGCAAUAGGAUUCAAAUGGAAAAUGUCAUUAAAUGCCAUGAUGAAAAAGGCUCUACACUGCGUAUGGUGUCUGAUGUUUUCCAUUUCUUUCAGCAUGAUAUUAGAGUGCUCAAACCAGUUCCUUAAAAACCUUUUCAACAGAACGUACCUCAAGAGAAUUUCUGCAAGGCAAGUUAGGUUUGAGCAUAAAUGUUAAAAGAGUUAGUUACUUCAACCCUUGCUGUCUCUAUUCAAUAAUACAUUAUUAAUGUUGAGAGCUAUUAGAGAGGUAUGUUUUUCCUCAUUCAUUUUUAGCACAUUUAAGGCUACUGUGGGAGACUGGAGAAGGCUGUAACAAGGGGUUACAGGCUUAUCUCUCGAUCAGAAACAUGCUAGAGUGAAGACACUCGUACUGCACAUGCUCAGUUAGACCCUCCCCCCAUCAAGAAGACAGAUAAACAAAUAUGAAUAAAUAAAUAACACUAUAAUGUAUAAAUAAAAAAUACAAUAUCAUUGUCAAACAACAUAUUUUUCACAAUAUGAGAAAAAAAGCAAAAGUUAAUUGGUGAAACACAUUUCUAACAUGUUGCAACCAUUGAUUGUGUUGCAACAUUCAACAUCUGACUUCUUUCAUUCAAAUUCAUAUUGUGAAAGAUGUCAUGUGUUAUCAUAUGUAAGUUUAAUAAAUAGGAAUUUGGAGAACCUUCCCCGGUCUUCCUAAAGUUUAGAUUAAACAUAAGAGAGCUUGUUCUUUUCUCUCGUGAAUAUGUGGAAGAGUCAAGAAAAGAACCUCCAUCGUUCUGUAUGAAGAGAGGUAGCCUGUGGUUUUCAGGAACAAUCACCUCCUGCAGGUCUGAAUGCCUGGGGCACACAGUAUGGUAUAGCUUAUGCUUUUUUGAAAAGCUUGUAUUUUUCUAGGAUGGUAAAACACUAUCCUCCAUAACUUUAGCCUCAUGUAUAAUCAAAGGCUUCCUUUCUUUGGUUGGUUCAUAAGAUUUAGAUGGGACAAAUCAGGAGCCUUGAGAAUCAGAACGCGGUAGUUUUAGUACCAUAGGAACAUGAAACGGGUGUAACAAACAGGUUUAUGCUACAUUUUUCAAAACAUACAUCACAUCCCAGAGGACACAAGAUAUAGAUUUGGAAGUUUUGAGUACACACAUUUUGUGCCUCUCAUGAUUUACCAUUAAAAUGGAUUCAGAGAGCUGAGCAUUCUUUCUUUCAAAGAAAAAUGAAAGCAGGAGGUCAUUCAGCACUUACUACCAAUCUGAAGGUAUUCACAUAAUCCUCAAAGACCCUUCUAACAUCCAGAUUCAAUUUUAAAAAAAUGUGGAAUUAAAAAUGUUCAAAAGUUUUGACUGAAUUUCCUAUCCAGGUAUCCAGAAAGUACAUGUGUCUGCUCAUUUUAUACGACACAAGAAAAAUCGAUUCACAACGUUAAUACAAGGAAGACAUGAAACGAAUUUAUAAAACAUGUUUUUUUAAUUUAGAAAAGUUGAAAUUCAGUCUAUCCCAGGGUAAAGAAACCUACAAUGCCAACAUUUUGUCUGGCGACUGGGUUGUUUUCCAUCGAGAUGGUAAGAGUUAUUGAGGAUUUAUUAUUCAUUUUUCUGGAAAAGGGAAGCUUAUGUGACUCGAAUGUGAACGUUAUAGCCUGCAUCAGUACCACAAACUGGGACUAGUUUGACAGAUGCUUCCAAUGUGCGAUAAGCAAAGCCAAAUGUGUGACCAAGACAUCUCUUUAUUGAAAUCAUCAAGAUUAAAUCCCUCAUCUCAUUGGAGUAUUAGUAUCAAACACUUUAGAGGGAGAAAUCCUUGUUCCUCCUGAGUCAAGCUGAUUCAAUUCUUUGCUUUUAUUGCAAAGAAAUGAUUGUAAAGGUCACUGGUACCUUACUGGAGCACUCUGGCAUCAAGAAGAGGAGUUGGGUCUCUGCAGAAAGAAGAGUGUGCUGAUAUUCUUUUUUUUGUCGUUGCAGUUAGUUUUUCAUCUUUACGCAACACUGGCAGCAACUGAUUUCAAUGGAGAUCUUUGAGACCCAAAGUGGCAUUUGUUUUCUAUUGUGCAAGGUAAUUAAAUGCAUUCUCCUGGUAUCUCGUGUCUAUUCAGUCCUCAUUAAACAAUUUGAAUGAAAACCAUCAGUAGUCGAGCUCCUGAGAACCAGAGCUGAGAAACACGAGCAGAAACUGCAUUAAUACUGAACCCUGAAAUAAGUUUAUGGGAUGGAAAAGGAUUCACCAGAAAUGUACAGAAACUGUAUCUGAAAGGAGCAAAAUGCAGCGAUAUCUGGUGAGGGGGAGCGUGCAAGUGUUUCUCAUGAAGUACUUCCUUCUCUGAGUCCCAUAGGAACUGCAUUACCUCAGAAUCACCUUAGAGCACAGACUCCCGUUUAUCAAAGCGAUCCAACAAUUGGUCCACUGGGUGAGCGCCAGUCAACCGUAAAUCCAGAAAUGUCAGAUAAGGGAGCGUCUACAGCACUUCUCCCACCAAUUACGUCUUAGUAAGCUUUGAUGCAUGUAGUAGUUAUUGUCAAAACAAAAAGAAGGGAAUCAUGAAGCCGCCAAUAUCCAACUGAUCUCAACAACCUCUGCAGCUACUUGCAGCAGGGGCCUAAAACUUACUGGUGUGGUUGGGAGGAAUCUCUCCACCCCAGGAUGGAUGGAGCUUAGUCAUGACUGGUGUGGCCUCUUUUUUGCAGUCGGAAAGGAUCCCCUUGCUUUGAUAAUCCCAAAUCCUGGUGUAGAUUUUGGGGCUAUAUAUCGAGAGUGGGGUUGGAAUAAGAGGAUCACGACAUGGUACCCGCUCCACAGCCACAGCAGGAAGCUCAGAGAGUGGCGCGGAUCAGCUCUGUUUCCCCCACUGAGACUUUUUUUGCAACUUCACAAGCAAUAUCCAUAAUCGUCCUGUGUUGAUGCCACUGUUUGUAUGCAAACAUGAAAAAGGAAGGAGGACCAGGGAAAGAUGCCAACAUAUGCAUACUGAUAUAGGGUGAAAUUUAAAAUGAAGACACGCCUAAACCGUUUGUGAUCACCAUCCAGGAUGCCUCAAAGAGGUCCACAGGAAGACCUGCAGGGGCAAUCGCUUGUGAAGAGCACUAUCUGGUGGAUACUCGUGGUACUUGCAAAGGGGAACAAUUGGCAUCUGAUAUUCGUCUGAUAAUCGGGUGGAGCCACGGUCAGCUCGGCGAACCACCCACAGUCAGUGUGUGAGGCCUCCGUACACACGCACACACACGCGUGUGAGUCCUGACCAACAAACCAGCAGACUGAUGACAGCGUUUCACGCCACUUCUGUCCGGAGUUGAGUCGCGCAAUCUGAAAGAGGCAGAAGCUGUUUUGGCAUCUUCUCAAAUAAGCUAAAUUAUUUCCUGUAGAGCUUUUGGUGCCAGCCAGUAUGAUUCUGGCAACAUUAAAGGGCAUUGGGAAGCAGCUCCUGCGGGUGAAGGUUGUCGACUGUAACACAGAGGACUCCCGCUUGUCUCGAUGCCUCAACACGUUUGACCUGGUGGCUUUGGGUGUUGGCAGUACGCUGGGUGCCGGAGUCUACAUCCUCGCUGGCGCCGUAGCCCGGGACAGCGCUGGACCUGCCAUCGUCCUCUCCUUCCUCAUAGCCGCCUUCGCCUCGGUCCUGGCCGGUCUGUGCUACGCCGAGUUCGGAGCCCGCGUCCCCAAAACUGGCUCGGCUUACCUCUACAGCUAUGUGACGGUUGGAGAACUGUGGGCCUUUAUCACAGGCUGGAACCUCAUCCUCUCUUAUGUCAUUGGAACUUCAAGUGUGGCCAGAGCAUGGAGCGCCACCUUCGAUGAGCUGAUCGGGGGGCACAUUGAGCAAUUCUGCAGACGUUACAUGACCAUGAAUGCCCCGGACAUCCUGGCAGAGUAUCCAGACAUAUUUGCCGUCUUCAUAAUAAUCGCUCUGACGGGACUGCUUAUAUUCGGAGUGAAGGAGUCCGCCUUGGUGACUAAAGUGUUCACCUGCGUCAACAUGCUGGUGCUGCUGUUCAUGAUUAUCUCUGGCUUGGUCAAAGGAAACCUAAAAAACUGGAACUUGAAGCCUGAGGAAAUCCUCAAUGCCACCAGCAACUCCAGCCUCAAUGCGUCUGAUUCCUUACCAUCAGCAGAAAGUCUUGGUGCAGGCGGCUUCAUGCCUUUUGGCAUAAAUGGAGUCCUCUCUGGCGCCGCCACCUGUUUUUAUGCAUUUAUAGGCUUUGACUGCAUUGCCACUACAGGUGAAGAAGUGAAGAAUCCUCAGAGGGCCAUUCCCAUCGGGAUUGUGGCCUCGCUCCUUAUUUGCUUUUUGGCGUACUUUGGUGUGUCCGGGGCCCUCACUUUGAUGAUGCCGUACUACUUGCUGGAUAAGAACAGCCCUCUGCCAGUAGCCUUCACGUAUGUGGGCUGGGAGGAAGCCACUUAUGCAGUGGCCAUUGGAUCUUUAUGUGCCUUGUCAACCAGUUUACUAGGCUCCAUGUUCCCAAUGCCCAGAGUGAUCUGGGCCAUGGCAGAAGAUGGGCUGCUCUUCAAAUGUUUGGCCAAAAUCAGCCCGCGAACCAAAACCCCUCUAACAGCUACAAUAACAUCAGGUGUUGUGGCAGCUGUGAUGGCUUUCCUGUUUGACUUGAAGGACCUGGUUGACCUCAUGUCCAUUGGCACUUUGCUGGCCUAUACUUUGGUGGCUGCCUGUGUGCUGGUCCUCAGGUACCAGCCUGAACAGCCCAGUGUGGCCUAUGAGAUGGCCAACACUCAGGAUGAACCUGAAAUGGCUGAUAACGAGGGGAACAUCGACAUACUACCACAACCAGACGAUUGCUUCACCGUUAAGAAUUUACUUUUCCCUUCAAACACAGAGCCGUCCCCUCUGUCCGGGUUUGCCGUCAACAUUUGCACCAGCAUACUCGGUGUCUUGGUGUGUGUCUUCAGUGUCGUAGCUGUCCAAGGACGUCUUGCAGUCUGGUCAGUGUCUGUCCUCGCUAUUCUCAUGGUGGCCUGUUUGAUUGUCAUCUUUAUUGUGUGGAGACAGCCGCAAAGCAAGGUCAAGCUUGCCUUCAAGGUUCCCCUGCUGCCCUUUGUCCCUGUCAUCAGUAUGUUCAUCAACGUCUAUCUGAUGAUGCAGCUCGACAAAGGAACCUGGAUGCGCUUUGCCAUCUGGAUGGUGUUAGGUUUCUUUAUCUACUUCGGCUAUGGUAUUCGCAACAGUGCAGAGGCAACGUUGACCAGGUCCAACACCAACACGCCAGCCUGCACAAUAAUGGGAGAGCCCAUGGCCACAGAGAAGGAAGCCUUUCUACACAACACACAAACCGCCACAGGAGACUACUAUGAAGAUUCCUAAGGAAACGGGAGGUUCACUAAUCCACUUUAUUUCUGUUCUGUUAAAUAGCCGCAAAUCCAGGAGAGAAAUAUGGAGACUUUCAUGGGUCCUUCCAAUCAGAGCGUUGACUUAUUUCUUAUUCCAGCCAAACAUUUUGAUGAAAGUGAAUAGGUGAAUUACGUAAAACAUCUGAAAACCAAUAUAUAUUUUUUUAGCUGAAAAGUGUUUUUUUGUACGUUUUUGCGCUUCGAUAGGGUUUAUUUUGUGAACACAACUAAUUAUGUGGAACCAAAUCAACCAAAGGCAAAUAACAAGUUGUUUUAACAUAGUUUUUUGAGACAUCACGUAUAUCAUUGAAAACACAUCAAACACAUCAACACUUUAUUUUGGUUCUUUAAUCCACAGUUAUAUUAGAAUGAUGAGCCCCAUUCUUUUUAUUUUUCUGUAAUAACACAUUUGAACUUGACUUUUUGAAAGUUCAGCAUUUGUUACUGCUCCUCUAGCUUGAAAUCGCUCAACAUUUUCAUGUGGUGGCUGUUUACAGAAAAGAAAUUCUGAAUUACAAAAGCGUUUUUUUUUCUUCUUUUUUUUUAAGGCAGAUAUACAUGCAUUUGGCGGCUUUCCUGGUAAAUAUGUGUUACUCGUCAUGGUGCAUUAGGAAGCACAGUGCCGGCUACUGUGUCAAAAUCCUAUGGGAGGUUAUUUUUUAAAUCUACAUCCCUUUAUCACAUGAAGUCAUCCAGGUUCACCAGAAAUCUGGCGCUCAGAAACACUACCACUUUCGCCCACAGGGGCCGCCAAAAUCAACACAAAAUGAAAGUUCCUUGUAGGAACUUAAAUUGAGAAUAAGCAAAUAAUUCACUUCACUGUAUCUUGAGUUCCUUUUUUUUCUUGUAAGUUUACCUCAAUGGUAAAACUUGUACGUUGGCAUUUUGACUCUAGAGAAACUGUGCUGUACAGAAAGCACAACUCUGUAGACCUACCUGUGUUUUAUAUAAACUGUAUAACUCAUAAUUAUCAUAAUAAUUCAUCAUGGUGCUCUGAAUAAUCAGUACAUCUCAGUGUGACAGUGUUUGUCUUCUACAGUUCUGUAUUGUUUUCCUCAAAGUACACAUUAAGAUCAAAUACAUAUAGUGUUGUCUCCAUCAGGGAACUUGAUUUUUUUUAAACUAGCCAAAGGAAAGGAAAGCUGCUAAUGUGGAAUGAUUUAUUUAACCUGACAGAGGAUGUAUUUUAAGUGCCUAUUUCCCAAGUGAGUGUUACACCUUUGAGAGGUCUGAUAUUGCUCUAUCAACAAUUGUGAAAUAUAUAUAUAUAUAGUCUGUAUAUAACGUACACUUUGGAGUGUGAAAAGCGUAUUUUUAGUUCACAUACAUCUGAACGGGCCGAAAUAUAAUCAGUUGGUGAUAUUGAACACCGUUUGGUUUCCACAGAGAUAGUCGUACUGUAUAUUCAGGAACAAACUACACCAACAGUUAUGUUUACCUCAAGCAGGAAUAUAUCUGAGAGUGCCUUUGUUAUUCAGAUGCUAUUUAAUGAUUAAGGAAAUGAAAGCUGAUUGUGAGAGUGUGCAGAUUCCCGGGGCAGCUAAAACCUAAACGCAACAUUUUUGUGUGUUCACUAAAGACUGGAAAUGCAACAAAGUGAUGAAUCUCUUAGCCGAGCCUUUUAAAUGAACACUGUGAUGAAAUGUUUUCUUUUUUUUUUUUGCUAUUUAUGUUCCAUUGAGAGAAACUAUUGCUGUUGCCAGAAGCCGAACUCUGUUAGAUUUAUUUAGAUAAUGCGUCAAAAACAAUGUUGCAAUUCAUUGACAGUUGCUUUAGAUUCCUUAACGAUGGCAAUGAAUUAGCGUGCAAGUUUAAAAUACUACAUAGCUUUGUAUAUGUAAACACAGUGUAUGUAACUUUGCUGCAUUUUGAGAUUAUAAAGCAGCAUUGUCAAACAAGAUUGUGCUGUAGAAUGUUACCGUUUUCUGUCCGCUACUAGCCUUUCUCUAAACUGUUGUCUAAAUGUUUGAAUCAGUGGGACAUUAUCUCGUAUACAUUUUAACAUUUAAUGUCUGUUUUUGUAAAUAAGGUUUUGAUUUUGCUUUGACUUACUGCCCAUAUCACAAGUUUCCCUUAUCCGUCGGUCAUAUCACCCCUCAGCUUUAAUCUAUUCAGUCUUUUGUUGCAAGCAUUAUGUAAAGUAAAUAAUUGUGGCUGUUCACAGUAAAUGGAUGGAAUGUAUUUGUUUGAAAGCACGACGUCGUCAGGAACCGUUCACUAGGUGAGGCUCAUCUCCCUUUUGAGUUUGAUGUUUCACGUGAGGCUUCAUUUAAAGAAAUCACAAACGGUGCAUUUUAUUGUCCUUGACACUGUUUUUAAGCAUUUAAACAUUUGCAUGCUGCACUAUUUCAAAGCUUUAUGAAGCUUGAAAAAGAGAUUUAGAUUUUAUAGUACUGCUAAGUUAUACAGGUGUUUACAGUGUAUCAAAGUGGUGAAGGUCAGCUGUUCAGCAUGUGUUGUCUUGAUAUUGGUUGCGGUUUUUAUAGUUACUGCUGUAAAUAAAUUUUGCUGAAAGGUAAA